AUGCAACUCGCGCGGUCCCCGAGUGCCGUUGAGAGUUACUCAUGCCCCCGCAGUCCGCAGCCCCUGUGUACUGGCGCUUGCCCCAGGAGUUUCCAGGGCUCUAGCGUCUGCAGUUCGCCGGGACUGGCGGUGAUGUCAUCCCCCGGUGGUGGGGGGUACACAAGGAAUCCAUACUAUGCGAUUGAGAAGUGGACCUACGAUGACUUCGCAUCGAGUUACUACGAAAAUUUGGGCGUUUAUGGUAGGCCCUUUCCUGCCAUGGGGUCGCAACCUCUUCGUCAAGCCAACACAGGGUAUAGCGCCGCGUCGUCGUCGUCGUCGACGAUGGAUUCCCCAGAACUCAUUGCGGGUUGUCUGAGCACCAACGAUGCACGGCAUCUGUAUCCACAACAUAAGGAUUCUAUGCAGUUUCACUCACCUGGCACUGAGUGUGUGGCUCACACUGGGCCCAUUCCUCACAGCAUGGACGAAUACCAUGUCCUCCCCAGCGUCUCGGGAACGCAGAGCGACUUUGCAUGGCAGGCCGUGACCCCCUAUCGGCUUCCGGAGGCUGCAACAGAAGCUUCUCUACGCAGCAGGCUGAGCCUCGAUGAUCAAUCUGAUUUUGGCGCCCCGGCAGCAGUGGGGAUGGGCCAAUCACAGUUGUUUUCACAAUGGAGCUGCGUCGCUCAGGCGUUCGCCUUUCAGAACCAGGGGGUCUCCGACACUCCGCCCUCUGUCCCACGCUGUUUCCUUGGGCAGACAGGGAGUUCGAUGGUUCGUGGCCGCCCAUGGCAUCCACAGAGUAUGGCAAGGAUGCAAUGUGGAAGACCGCCGAACGCUGUGCUCAAGUUCAAGAGGAUGUUGCCCCCGCCGAUUCCGUACGAUAUUGCGGUGGCUGUGUUGUCAUCCGAUUCCCGGUACGCCGAGAGUUUGCUCGUUUUCUCUUGUUUGAAUUGGUACAGUCGCAUCGUUGCUUUGCAGGAGUUGUACGCUGGUGGAAUUCUCAACAAGAGUCCGAUGUCAGGCACCAACAACAGGAAGCCGCAGUAUUUAUUAAAAAAGGCUUGUCCUGCUCCACCGGAGCAUUCAAUGCGUACAGAAGUCGCAAUGCGAUGUUGGGUGUGGGAAUGCAACGAGUGGUGGGAAGAGGAGUUCGGGAAGAAGAAACGCGGCUCUGAGCGGCGACGUGGUGCUGCUGGUGGUGGUGUUGGUGGCAUUCGCUACAGGUCGCGGACCUACCCCAGCAACUACCAGUGGAACGCCGACAACAACAACGGUGGCAAUGUCAACGUCAGUGUCAGCGGCACAAGCAGCAUGCACUUCGGCACGGGUGAUGAAUCUUCACGGCGUGGUGGCCGCUACCACCACUGA